UUGAUAGCGAUAAGCAAACUACUUAUUUAAAUUUCUAAGAUAAUCAUAGUUUUCGCUUUCUGGCGUGCUGUUCACCUGAAUAGUUGAGUCACUGCCACGAAACGAAACUGACGUAGAAUUAUAGUUCGUAAAAAUGAAAAUUGUAAUAUUUGGUGCUACAGGAAAUACCGGCUUGUGCUCUUUGGAGCAUGCAGUUACCGAAGGGUUGAAGACUACAGCUUUUGUAAGAGAUAAAGAAAAGGUUCCUAUCCAUCUUAGAGACAAAAUUAAUAUUGUUGUUGGAGAUGUCACCAACGCUGAACAAGUUUCAAAUGCUGUAGCUGGCAUGGAUGGAGUUGUUGUAGCACUUGGGACAAGAAAUAAUUUAAAACCAACUACAGAUCUGUCAACUGGUAUGAAAAAUAUCCUAGAUGCCAUGAAACAACAUGAUGUACACUUAGUUUCUAUAUGCUUGUCAGCAUUUCUAUUCUACAAACCUGAAAAUGUUCCUGCAAUAUUCCAAGCCUUGAAUGAAGAUCAUCAAAGAAUGUUUGACUUAAUCAAAGAAUCACAAUUGAAAUGGAUAGCUGUUUUACCACCACAUAUAGCAGAUGAGCCCUUGUCACGAUACACAGUGAAAUAUGAUGAGUCACCAGGUCGAGCUAUAUCUAAGUACAGUUUAGGAAAAUUUUUGGUUGAAAGCUUGAAAGCCCCAGAGCAUUAUCAAAAAAUCUGUGGCAUUGCUGAUACUGCAUCAUUAAAAUAAUAUAUUUUGUAAAAAAUUCUAUAUGAAAAGUUAUAUAUAAAGUUAUAUAAAAGUUGUAUAUCAUGAAAUGGGAUAGUUUUUGUAUAAAAAUAUUUGAACUUUGAUAAAAAUUUCAACAUUUAUCAAAUAUGAAUAAGAAAACACAUCA